UCCCCACGAAAGCUCCAAACCCGUGAAGCGAAAAGGUCCGACUUUCUUGGCUCGACAACCCCGCGACCUCAGAACUUGUCCAAGUCAUCCUCCUCUCUCGUGCGAUCGACACCCACACUUUUACUAUCACGUCUUUUGUUAUCACCUACGACCAACAUGGCCGACUCCCUCACCGAAGAGCAGGUCUCUGAGUUCAAGGAGGCCUUCUCCCUGUUCGACAAGGAUGGCGAUGGCCAGAUCACCACCAAGGAGCUGGGCACCGUCAUGCGCUCCCUCGGCCAGAACCCCUCCGAGUCUGAGCUUCAGGACAUGAUCAACGAGGUCGACGCCGACAACAACGGCACCAUCGACUUCCCUGAGUUCCUUACCAUGAUGGCGCGCAAGAUGAAGGACACUGACUCCGAGGAGGAGAUCCGUGAGGCUUUCAAGGUCUUCGAUCGUGAUAACAACGGCUUCAUUUCUGCUGCUGAGCUCCGACACGUUAUGACCUCUAUCGGCGAGAAGCUUACCGACGACGAGGUUGAUGAGAUGAUCCGGGAGGCUGACCAGGACGGUGAUGGCCGAAUCGACUACAACGAGUUUGUCCAGCUCAUGAUGCAAAAAUAA